CGGGGAGGGAGGGGGGGAGUAUGGACAAAUGCGUUCGUCGUCUCUCGGUCAUGCCUCGGAUCAUCUCUCUCUCUCUCUCUCUCUCUCUCGUUCCUUGCUUGCUUGAUUGAUGCUUCUCACCGUAUCGUGUUUAGGUGUGUUGCGAAUCGGGGGGAGGAUCAAGGUGUGUUCGGAGGAGUUAUGUGUUUCGGUGUUUUCUGGACUUUGCCUUAGUCUGCUUCUUACACUUUGUCUCCGCUGUGUGGGAGAUUCGACGUCAGGAGCGAGGGGUAGGAAGCACAGUUCGAGGGCUUGAGAAGCGGUUUCGUUUAUGAAUAUGAACGUGGAAGGGAGUAGGGGAGGCGAGGAUUGCAGGUGCAUUGUUCUAGGAGGAGCUUUGAGAUUUUUCUUUUUGCAGAGGAGGGAUGCAGAGACGUUCGGACAACUUCUUGUUUGGAUCCGAAUUUGGAAGAUAGGGAAGUUGAGUCAAAACGCUUUCGGGACAGGUAACUGAGUCAGUUGGAGUUGGCAACAAUGGCGGACUUACCGUGUGACGCAGAUGGAAUGUGCAUGGUGUGCAAAAUCGUGCCACCUGACUGCGAUGUUCUUCUGUGCAGUAGUUGUGUUAGUCCGUGGCACAUGCGAUGUCUGAAUCCUCCUGUAAAGCUUGUGCCUCUUGGCGACUGGGAUUGUCCUGACUGUCUACUUCCACCUCCUUCCGACAUGCCUUCCAUCGUCCAGAAGCCCGUAGCGGUACCCGAGGAGGGCAAUUUGGUGAGCAAGAUUCAUGCAAUUCAAGCUGACUCAACCCUCACAGAUGGUGAGAAAGCUAAAAGACGGCAGGAACUCAUGAGCAAAGGGCUGGUUACUAAUUAUUCCGCCGAAGCAAGUUCCGCUAAUGGCGACAAGAAAAGUGCUGACGGGAAUAAGCGCAAUGCGACGCUAGAAAUGAUGGAUAACAGUCUUAAUUGCAUCUUCUGUCUUCAGCUUGCUGAGAGACCAGUGACAACACCAUGUGGACACAACUUUUGCUUGAAGUGCUUCCAGAGAUGGGUUGGGCAAGGAAAAAAGACGUGUGGAAAAUGUCGAGCUGCGAUUCCUGCUAAAAUGGCAACCAAUCCUCGCAUUAAUUCAGCUUUAGUAAUGGCGAUUCGUAUGGCCAGAUCAGUCGUAAAUAGUAAUAGCGGUCCAUCGAAAGUUUACACAUACCGUGAUAAUGACAGCAGACCGGAUAAGUGCUUCACCACUAGCCGAGCAGUGAAGACGGGGAAAGCUAAUGCCUGUAGUGGCAAAAUAUUUGUUACUAUUGCACCUGAUCAUUUUGGGCCCAUUACAGCUGAAUAUGAUCCUACGCGAGGUCAAGGAGUUCUAGUCGGAGAGUGCUGGGAGGAUCGCAUGGAAUGCAGGCAGUGGGGUGCACAUCUACCUCAUGUUGCAGGCAUUGCAGGGCAGUCUGACUAUGGUUCGCAAUCUGUAGCACUUUCUGGCGGUUAUGAAGAUGAUGAAGAUCAUGGCGAGUGGUUUCUGUACACAGGCAGCGGUGGGAGAGAUUUGAGUGGGAACAAGCGCACCAACAAAGAGCAAUCAUUCGAUCAGAAGUUUGAUAAGAUGAACGAAGCUUUGCGAGUUAGUUGCAAGCAUGGUUACCCUAUUCGUGUUGUGAGGUCACAUAAAGAGAAGAGGUCAGCUUAUGCUCCAGAUGCAGGUGUAAGAUAUGAUGGUGUAUAUAGGAUCGAAAUGUGCUGGCGUAAGAAGGGGGUACAGGGUCACAAGGUCUGUCGUUACCUAUUAGUCCGCUGCGACAAUGAGCCGGCUCCCUGGACAAGUGAUGAGCAUGGGGACCGUCCAAGACCUCUUCCUGUGGUUAAAGAGCUAAAGUCGGCAACUGAUGUAUUUGAAAGGAAGUCAUCACCUGCCUGGGCCUAUACGGAAGGAGUAGGAUGGGGAUGGUCCCGCGAACCUCCGGCAAGCAGAAAGACUUCAGGAGGUGGGCCGAGCGAGGCAACACAGAAACGGAAACAACUUAGUGUCCAGCAACGGUUACUUAAAGAGUUCGGUUGCAAUGCUUGUCGGAAAGUUCUCGAUCAGCCAAUUUCCGUGCCCUGUGGACAUAAUUUCUGCAAGAGCUGCUUGGAUUCUGUGUUUUCUAGUCAAGACAGCCGAGAGCGAAAGGGUGUUUCCGGUCGUACUCUUCGAACGCAAAAAGUAGUAAAGCGUUGUCCCAAUUGCAAGAUAGAUAUAAGUGAAUUCCUCGUGUCUCCUCAGAUCAAUAGGCAGAUGGAAGAGGUCAUACAGAUGCUCCAUGAUACUGCUAAGGAUGAGCAAGGAAGUGAUGGUGUUGAGGAUGACGAGGGAGAUAAUGACUCCAGAUCAAAUAAUGAAUCAACAGAAGCUGAAGCGAAAACAGCCGAACUGGAAAAGUCCGUGCCUGUAGUUGCCGAUGGUAUGGAAAAUGGUCAUCCUCAACCUAAGGAUGCCACUUCUGACGUGCCUUCAGGUGCUGGAAACACUCCGAAGGUUGAUAUUGAUACACCUCAAUACACUAUCCUGCCCAAUGCCUCUGCAGAUCCAGCCUUUCAUGCAAUCUGCCAAGCCUUUCCUGAUUAUUCCGAAGAUCUACUCCGUAGUAUGCUGGCUGAUCAGGAUGGUGACAUUAAGGAUUUGAAUUCAUUACUUCUUGCGCUAAAGAAACAACAAAAGCAAGUUCAGUCUCGGCAGCGAGGUAGAGCCAAGAAAGGAUGCCAUUCUGGGAGUGAAGUACUAAAUGGAAGUAAUCACACUUCGAAAGAUCAAAUCGAAGAUGGAAUUGUCAAUAGCAACGGUCACAGCAGCAGUGAGCAAAUUGAGACUGAAGCGAUGAGUUGUAAUGCGCUAGGUACUGGAGAUCUGACCCAACCAGAGAAGACCAUGAAACCUCAAAAGAGACAGCGAGUAGAUCAAGGCACCAAGUCAAACGGCCGCAAGAAAAAUUGUGCUCCUCUACUUGAGUUGCCACCUAGAGUUACUCGUAGUCGUGUAUGUAAGGGAGUUCAGGUUAGCCAUGUAUUCCUUAGUUCAGACGAUGAAUGUCAAUAGCUUUGGAGUUGAUGUAACAUUUCUGCGAUGUACUAUCUAGAUUUUUCAACAGUAAUUUGAUGUCUGCCAAAAGUGGCGCUAUUCACUUCA